AUGGCAGACACUGACAAUUCACAUAGCUGCAGCCUCUCCGACACGACGUCUAACUGCUCCCCAGCCUCCAUCAAAAGCUGCCCCCAGUCACCCUCUGUCUGCUCCAGCAGCACGAGCUGCCGGCUGGAGCUGUGCCUGGGUUACGUCUGCCAGCCCGGGAUGUGCGUGCCCUCUGUCUGUGCGCCCACCCCCUACCGGCCAGCCACCUGCCUCUCCAAGGCCCACCUAGCCAGCUCCUGCCAGCCCGGCAGCUGCCGCCCGACCAGCAGAAUCUCCAGCUCCAUGGGUUCCUACAGCCGAUACUUUGAGGGUUCCUUCAAUGGCAACGAGAAGGAGACCAUGCAGUUCCUGAACAACCACCUGGCCGGCUACCUGGAGAGGGUGCGCCAGCUGGAACGAGACGACGCACAGCUGGAGAGCCGCAUUCGAGACGCCUCCCUGUCUCAAGCGCCUGCCUUGGGUCCUGACUAGCAGUAUUAUUUCAAGACCAUCGAGGAGCUCCAGCGGAAGGUUCUGUACACCAAGGCAGAGAAUGCCAGGAUGAUCAUGCACGUCGACAAUGCCAAGGUGGCUGCCGAUGUCUUCAGCACCAAGUACGAGAUGGGGCUGGCCAUGUGGCAGCUGGUGGAGGCCGACACCAGUAGCCUGUGCAGGGUGCUGGGUGAGCUGACCCUGUGCAAGGCCGACCUGGGGAUGCAGGUGGAGUCCCUGAAGGAGGAGCUGAUGUGUCUCAAGAAGAACCACGAGGAGGAAGUCGAUGCCCUCCGAUGCCAGCUUGGGGACCGCCUUAACGUUGACGUGGACGCCGCAACCCCCGUGGACCUGAACAGGGUUCUGGAAGAGAUGUGGUGUCAGUACGGGGCCCUGGUGGAGACUAAUCACAGGGACACGGAGGAAUGGUUCACCAGGCAGAUGGAAGCACUUAACCAGCAGGUAGCCACAAGCUCUGAGCAGCUUCAGAGCUACCAGUCAGACAUCAAUGAUCUGAGACGAACGGUCAACACGCUGGAGAUCGAGCUGCAGGCCCAACACAGCCUGAGAGACUCUCUGGAAUCUACGCUGGCAGAGACGGAGGCCCGCUACAGCCUCCAGCUGGCCCAAAUGCAAUGCCUGAUCACCAGCUUGGAGGUCCAGCUGGCCGACAUCCACUGUCACCUGGAGCGGCAGAGCCAGGAGUACUGGGUGCUGCUGGAUGUCAGGCUGGAGUUUGAGAUCAACACGUACCGGGGGCUGCUGGAGAGCGAGGACUGCAAGCUCCCCUGCAACAUGUGCGCGACCCUAGCCUCCAGCACCUGUGCGGCCCCUGCAGCCUGUACCCCCUGCUCUCCCUGCCUUUUCGGGCCUUCUCGGGCCUCCUGUGGGCCCUGCUCAUCGCCUCGAUGCUGAAUUACUCCUCAGCCAGAGAUGCCAGAAAAUGGGAGAUGUCUGUAGUCCCUUGGCUCCAACCCCCAGUCCUGCCAUCGGAGGCCUUUCUUCCCCAGCCAGCCUGGGGGAGACUGAAGCCAGGCAGUGCUUCUCUGUUGACGGGCUUUCCAGCCCGGUAGCUCAGCCCUGGCCCCUGGAUUUGUGCUUCCUCUCUUCAGGAUGUCCUGACUGCUCCAUUUUCUCUCUUCUGCUGCCUCCUGAUCUCUCUGAGAUGGGGAGGGUAACCUCGCUUUUAUUUUGCUAAUAAACUUUACUUCUGCAGCAUAAGGAGUCCAGUGCCUGCUGGUCUGUUUCUCCAUCCAGACCUUGAUGCAACCGUUCCUGUAGAAGCAGGGGUUGUGGCUCACU